UCGCGUGAGCUGUACUUCGGAGAAAAAGGAGUGUGAUAUAGGAAAAUAUAGAUUUAUUCAUAGUUUAUUUGAAAUGGACGAACUUGCGGUGGAAGUAUGCGGUGACAAUGGUGCCCACUACAAGGGUAUUGUCACCGAUGUAUUCGAUGAUGGAGUCAUGGUUGAGUUCGAGAAUGACUGGCAAGAGGCAUCAAAGUUCCACUUCAAUCAAGUACGAUUACCACCGAGCGAAAGCUACGAGGGUUUCGUGGAGCGUAUGGAGGUGGAAGUAUUUUCUCGCUCACAUGAAAAUGAAGCGUGUGGUUGGUGGCGAGCAGUUAUAAAGAUGAUGAAAGGCGAGUUUCUUGUUGUCGAAUACUUGGGCUGGGACAAUAGUUAUACAGAAAUAGUGAACACUGAUCGGACGCGGGCGAUUAAUACGAGUCCAACAAUCAACGAGAAAACCUUCCAUCGUUUUGAGAUUGAGGUACCAGAAGAAGUGCGAGAAUACGCUAAAAUUGAUGGUGUUCAUAAAGAGUUUCAAAAAACGAUUCAAGCUGCUGUCUGUCGAUAUAUACCAGAACGCGGUGUAUUACGCGUAAUUUCCCGAUCAGAGGCCACACAGCGACGAGCAACGAUGAUUCAAGAGAUGCAUUUUCGCAAUUUAAAUCAAAAAGUGGUAUUGCUAAAACGAACUGAAGAGGCUGCUAGACAACUAGAGUCUACGAAAUUGCAAAGCACUGGAGGAUUUACCGAUGAAUUUAAAGUUCGUGAAGAUUUGAUGGGGCUAGCGAUUGGUGCACAUGGUGGCAAUAUUCAAACUGCACGAAAGCUGGACGGUGUGUUAAAUAUCGAACUGGAAGAAAACACUUGUACCUUCAAAAUAUCUGGAGAGUCCAGUGAAGCAGUGAAAAAAGCACGAGCGAUGCUCGAAUACAGCGAGGAAUCGUUACAAGUUCCUCGUAAUUUAGUAGGAAAAGUCAUCGGAAAAAAUGGACGGAUUAUUCAAGAAAUUGUGGAUAAAAGUGGUGUUGUGCGUGUGAAGAUUGAAGGUGACAAUGAACCUCAGCCUAGCAUACCGAGAGAAGAAGGACAAGUUCCAUUUGUUUUUGUAGGCACUGUUGAAUCUAUAGCCAAUGCCAAAGUUUUGUUGGAAUAUCAUUUAGUGCAUUUGAAAGAAGUAGAGCAAUUACGGCAAGAAAAACUUGAAAUCGAUCAACAGUUACGUGCUAUACAGGGAUCAAGUAUUGGUUCAAUGCAAAGCUUCUCGAUGAAUCGCCGUUCGGAUCGGUCAUAUAAUGAUGGCGACGGAUCUCGCUUGACUCGCGGAGGAAUGCGUGGACGGGGAGGACGCGGUGGUCGCGGUGGUAAUCAACGGUACUCAGCUCGUCGUAAUACAGAAAACGACGAUGAUUAUGGUUCAAGAGCGGAUAAAGAACAUCGAGGCGGCAGCAGUAACUAUAUGGAUGUUCGCCACAAUCGAAUCGCCAGGGGACAAAGUGAAAAAAGAGGUGGUUCCACAGUUGUAGCAAGCAGAAGUGGUACAUCUGGUGGUACAGAUCAAUCCAGAACUGUUGCAAGCAAUGGCAAUCCGAUUAUGGGCGCUGCAGCUGGAAUCACCAACACAGGUAUUGGCAAUAGUGGCAAAAGAAAUGAACGAAACAAAUUGCAAUCACACGCCCGGCAACAUCCGCCAAUAACCUCAUCACAGUCGCAACAAUCAUCGUCUGAACAGACUGCACUGGUAGGUCCGGAAGAGAGCCAAAACAAACGAGAAUCAACUCAAAGAAAUGAAACGUCACAGGAAUGGGCAGAUUGCUGGACCGAUGGUUAUGAACGAAGCAAUGCAGAACAUGGUAAAUCACGGAGCAAUUCAUCCAAUGAUGGUACGCACCAGCGUAGUAGACGACGGUCCAAAAAUCCAAAUUUAAAAGCAAACGGAAAUGCCCAAAAUGCUAAUGCUAAACAGAGUAACUCCAGCAACAAUCCUGUCAACGUAGCUACACCUAGCAAUCAACAAAAUUCUAUCAGCAAACCACAAACAGUGACGCAACAACAUGCGCAACACUCACAAUCGGCUGCUGCGGCGCAGUCUAAUUUGCAAACUUUAAACGCAUUACAGUCUAACGGCACCAGUGGGAACAUAACUACCGUGAAUGCAAGUAUCGGAAACACACCCGCUGCUGGACCGAAAGUUCAGCGAGAUUCCAACUCACGUCAUCGCGGUAGCCGUGGUGGCGUUGGAGUGGGCAACAAACAUAAGCAAACACAGCAACAGCACCAGCACCAGUCGAACCAACAUACACCAUCUCAGAAUCAACAGCAGAAUACUGAAAAUACUUCAUCAUCGAGUAAAGUAAAUGUCCUUGCUAGUGCUAGCAGCACCGUACCUAUAGGACCGUCAAAUUUGGUGACCGUAAAGAGCGGAAAGGACGCACUGUUAAACGGAUCUUCCUAG